AUGGACGGUUACUCACAACUUUACGGACAGAUCAAAAUUACAAAUACUGAUAUUGAAACGAGAUAUACUUAUAAUUGUGAAGCGAUCGGUUGUGAAUUAGUUUUUGCGAGAAAACUCUGGGCUAAUGGAGAUGUUAAUGAUUUCUUGCAUCUUCGUAGUUGGGUGAUUGAUUAUCUGUCCGAUCAACCAACUGGUCCAUCUCGUCAAUGUUACACAUCUGCUAAUAAUACAACUGAAUGUUCUACUAUCUGUCAAGUUGGAGUUGAACAGAAGCAAAGUUCAUUGGCUCCUGAUGGAAAUAAACGCCAAUUUAGUUAUGGAUUAUGCAUAAACGCACCAUAUAUGAUGAUGCCUAACUCUACACAGGUGAUUUUUAGAACUUGGUCACAUCGUAAUAAUAUUAUCAAUCCUGAUCUUUAUGCUAUUGAUUAUUCAUGCUGGAAUUCGAAUUGUAACAGUGAGGCAGUGGCCGAUAACUUGUUGAAGAUCGCUCUAAAAGAGUAUGUACCAUUGAUUAUCGAAUUUAUAUCGAGAUCGAGCAAUGUGAAUGGACAAUAACUUUUUUCUUAAUGAUCUGCAUGUUUUGCUCCGAAUAAAAAUAAACACUGAUUGAAGAAAAAAAUCAUGGCACAUAAAUUUUUCAACAAAUGUAUGUCUCAUCAUUUGAGAACACAUGAGAUAAAUUCUAUGGAAUGGAACCAUACCGUGUGUAGAUUAUUUACACGAAGUUUCAACCAUGCUACAGAAAAGGAUUGUCUAAUUUUGAUAAUUGUUUUUGUCAUUUAUUAUAGCACUUUAAAUGGCUCUUGGAAAAGGAUGAAAACUAUCUAUUUGAAAAUAUCCAUUUUCGAUACAUCUUAAUGGUAAAUACGGUUCUUUUUUGAUAAUGUAAAACUAAUAACUCCACAGCGACUGUAGGAGCUAGAAAGUUGAAAUUUUUUUGUGUAGCAAUGGGACGCUCAAAGAACAGUAAUAUAUAAAAAAGGGUGUG